AUGACCUUCUGGAGCUUGUUGCCAGUUGCCCUGGUGUUGCUCUGCUCCAGCACUUUCUGCUCCCUGGGCUGUGAUCUGACACAAGGCCUCCAGGAAGACUUCUCACUUCUGAACCAGAUGAGCACAUUUUCCCUGGUACCAUGUUUGAAGGACAGGACCAGCUUCAACUUGCCAAAAGAAGCCCUGGAGGACAACAAGCUCCAGAGGGGAGAUGCCAUAAUCAUUUUCCAUGAGAUGCUCCAGCAGAUGUUCACCCUCUUCAGCCAGAAUGCUGCUCCUGUUGCUUGGGAUCAGACCCAGCUCAUGCAACUGCUCAUGGGUCUGGAUCAGCAGAUAGAACAGUUGGAACGUUGUCUUACACAGGAUGUAGAACAAGAUGAGCCCUCCUUGGGAAGAGAGAACCCCCUGAUGGCCCUGAAGAACUACUUCCAAGGAAUAAGCCAGUAUCUGCAAGGAAAAGGAUACAGCCAUUGUGCCUGGGAGGUCACUCGAGUGGAAAUCAGGAGAUGCUUUCUGUUCUUAAGCAAACUUUCAAGAAAAUUCAGGGACUAA